AUGCAGCAACUGCUGCGGGGGGUGCUGAAGAGGAAGGAGUUCCGGCUGCACCAGCCUUUGAAGUCUCACCCUUCAGCUCCGAUGAACGACAGGUUUGCGGUCAGCAUUAACUUGGGGUCUACUACCCAUGAGUGGACCCUGCUGAUGAACGCCUUGCGCCCCGAAGUUCCUCCGGACGUCAUCUUUCCUGAUGGAUACGAGGACAUGAUAAAUUACGAAGUACUGGAGGGGAUCAAGAACUGGGACCCGAAGAAAUCCAGCUCGCUGGUCGACCUCCUGGUAGAAGUGCGAGAGAUACUGCGUCAGAGUGAAUUUCAGCGGUCGUUUGAGUUCUCAGAGGACAAGGUGAGGUUUGAGCUGGAGAGCGUCAAAGCGCUCUCACCGGAGUCAGAGAUCCGAAUCUUGAACGACGACCUUAGAACGAUUGAGUGGUUCAUACUUGUGCUGCCUGUUGCUCUAAUACGGCUCUGCCUCAUCCUAGAUCAGGAGCUUGCCAACGUCUCGACACGUCUUGACUACCCUUCCACGACGAAAGAAGAGCUCCAUGCUUUCUGCCCAGCAUGGGAGCCUGGAAAGACGCACGCGUUUGACUUCGUGCCUCUAGUUCAGGGGCUUGUUCAGCGGAAGUUGUUGAUACAGCGAGCUCGCGCAAUCUUGCUUGUUCAGCUCUGUGAAAAGUUGAAUCCACUGUCUGUGGACUCCGCUUACCACGAAAAAGCAAGCUUCUUGUGCCAGAUAGACAAUAACUUCGAUGCUAUUGCCCAUCUGACCCUGUCAAACAAUUUUCCAGACGAACCGCCGACCAUCAUAAUGCAAAGUGUCGUGCAACUCAUUGAUCGCAGACCUAUCAUAGAUGUAGUCAUAGAAUAUCAGUGGGAUCCCUUGUGGAGUAUUCCGGUCAUGGUGAAUCAUCUCAUCAAAGUUAUUCGAACAGAAUUGUUAGAAUUCAAGAAUAAGGUGUUGCAGCAGGCGCAAAAUGCUUAUGUUCCUGUUGGGACGGCAGAAAGCUGA